UUUAGGAAAUGUCUGAUGUGGAAGAGACUAUCAAACGUAUACAAUCGCAAAAAGGUGUGAUUGGCGUCAUAGUGAUGGAUAACUCUGGUCGAGCUAUCCGCUCCACGCUUGACGAUGAGUCUACAGCAAGGCACUCUGCUCUACUUCAACAGCUUUGCGAGAAGUCAAAGAGUGUAAUUCGAGAACUGGAUGGAUCAAACGAUUUGACAUUCCUUCGUCUUCGUACAAAAAAGAAUGAGAUAAUGAUUGCACCCGAUAAGGACUAUCUUUUGGCUGUGAUUGAAAACCUGUCCUCUUAAGUGAUAAAGCAUCAUCAUCACAAUGGGGUGUCUCCUUUUUAAUUAGUCCAAGACGGGGAUUUAGAAAUUCUGAGUUUCUGACUGAUUUUUACAGUGAUUGUAACUUCGAGGAAAAAUCCGCAGACAUGUUCCUCUCUCAAAAUCCAGUUUGAUCGUCAAGUGUACUUAGUUAGAGGCUUUCACUGUGAUUACUCGAUUUUCACAAAUCCGAAAUUAAGGUAAGAGAAUCAUACUGAUGUUACACUUCCAAGCUGCUG